AUGAGAUACAGAUUAAGGCUAGUUAAGUCCAUAAAAAACAACUUUAUCAAUUUGCCUAAGAACUCUCCCUUGAAGCAGAGUUUAUCAUAGAGACCUUUUUAAAUAGACUCAAAUAAUGCUUCCCCUAUUAAAGUCUAAGUCUUAUCCUCUGACCUGGAUAACCAACAAACAUUUUACUUCGGCUACUCAAAUGGUAUUUCAGAGGAUUCAAGCACUGUAGAAAUCAGUGAGGAUGUCGGGCACUUACUAAAUCUACAGGAUGGAGAUAUAGUAACAUGUAGCAUUGAAUACAGCUUUGAAAAGCUGAAAACUAUUGAACUUGAACCCCUCACAGCAGAUGAUUUUGAGAUUAUUGAGAAAAACGCUGAAUUCAUUGAGGAGCAAUUGUUGAAUCAAGUGGGUGUGUUUUACGACAGGCAACUCUUUAUGAUAUUUAUCAAUCAAAGCAACGCUAAUGUAAGGUUGAUUAGUAAAAUAUCUGCAAACGGAGGCAAUACUGGCAAGAAUUCAACUAAUAAAGACUUAGCUAAGUGUUUUUUCUUGACUGUAGCUAGUGAGCUUCACAUUGCCCCAAAACUAAGAAAGGAGUAGUUAAAUGAGAAUAAAGAUCAGGAAGAGGAAAAUAAAUAAUUGUCCUUCCCAAACAGUCAAUAGCAUAAGCCCAUUCACGAAUAAAUCCAUAUAAUAAGACUGAUGAAUGAUUAAAAGCUUUAGUAAUUUGAUACUUUAGUGAUUAACUCUAAAGCUAAACUAAACUUGAAAGACAAUGAUAUUGUUAAGGUUACUUUAUCUUAGAGAAAGAAGGUAGCAGACUUAGAUUUUAAACUUAUUUAAGUAUAAAAAAUUUAGCCACUUACUUAAAAUGUCUUGAAUCUAAUUGCAGCUGUGCAAACAAACAUUGAUAUAUUAAGAAAUGGGAUUCUUAUACAUCACUAGAUGAAAGAUUUAAGUUUUAAACUCAUUAGAGAAUUGGUAAAUAACUAUCUCAAAAAUCAACUUAGAAAUAGACAAAAUAGUGUAAUUAUUAAUGAAGGAACUCUGAUUACCCUUGAUAAAACCACAAUAAUUGAUUAAUUAAAAGACUUAAUAGAAAUUGAAGGCUAAGAAUUAUAGUAUCAAUAGCUAUUGGAGAUUGUUCUUUAAAAACUGGAAAAUUUAAGAGAUUUAAACUCAAUUUAACCUCAAAUUAAGGUUCUUUUCUAAUUGGACAAAGGAUAAUCAUAGAGACUAGAUUAGCUCUAAGGAGCUAAAUAUGUAUUUAUAGACUUAGAUUUCAAUUACGACUAAAAGAUUUAAUACGCUUUUGACUAAAAAUUGACACAUUUUGAUGCUAUUAAAUCCAAUGUAGAUAAGCUAGAUCUGCUCAUAAUGAAUAAACUUUAUGAUUCAUCAGUCAAAUCUAAGCUUAUUAAUCAUCUUAUAGACUAAGAUGAGCAUUGCUUAUUACUUUAUGGAACUUAAUCAAUAGAAAUUGCUAUCGAGUAUUUAAAAGAGAAAUACAUGGAAUGUGAAAAGAUGUAACCAUCAAUUUUAAUUCUUGAUAAUCUAAAUGCUAUAUGCUAGAUGAUUAGCAAUGAGGAGUAACUUAAUGUGAUAGAAUAAAUAAAAUCUUAGAAAAUUUCCAAUUUUAUACAAGGAUUGAUUGAUAAGGAGAGAGUUAAAAUCAUUGGUGUAGUGAGGCAUUAUAUGUCUUUAAACUCAAAAUUACUUGAUAUUGGUUGCUUUGAUCAAAUGAUAGAAAUGGUAGCUCCCUCUAAGGAAUAAAGAUAUCAACUAAUUAAAGACUUAUUAGCUCCAGCCGAAUAUUAAAACAGAGAGCUAGUGCUUCAGAAAUAGUCAUAAACUACAGAGUAUUUCCUUCCAAAAGAUAUCUCAAUUACAUUCAAAGAUAUUGUCUAUCAACUCUAGCAUGAUUAAGCCUAAAAUUUUGAAAGUGAUAAUGUACCUGAUUGGGAUACGGAAAUAGGGGGUUUAAAUUAAGUAAAGGAGCAGGUAGAGGAGAUAUUUGGAAUAACUUAGAGGUAUUCUCUCUUCUUCAAAGGCUAAAAGGUAAAUUAGGGGCUCCUACUUUAUGGACCACCAGGCUGUGGUAAGACCUAUUUGGCUGCUGCAAUUGCAAAAAAGUUUAACAUAAAUUUCAUCAGCGUUAAAGGGCCUGAACUGCUUAAUAAAUAUAUAGGAGCUAGUGAAUAAAAUGUUCGUGAUCUCUUCGAAAGAGCAUAAGCAUCAAAACCUUCUAUCUUGUUUUUUGAUGAGUUCGAUUCAUUAGUUCCUCGAAGAGGAUCUGGAACAACCUCUGUUACUGAUAGAAUAGUGAAUCAAUUCUUGUGCUACUUAGAUGGUGUUGAAGGCAGAGAUGGUGUUUUUGUGAUGGCAGCAACAUCAAGGCCUGACCUAGUAGAUGUAGCUUUACUCAGACCUGGAAGAGUUGAUAAAUCUGUCUACUGUGGGUUCCCUGAUGAAAUAGAGAGAGCUGAAAUUAUUAGAGUUUACUUGAAGAAAUUCAAUUUCAAAUCUAUGGACUCUGAAAAUUUUGACAUAUUCAUAGAAGAAAUAUGCAGAAGGACAAAUCAUUUUACUUCAGCUGACAUUAAAGGUCUAGUUCAAAAUGCUUAACUAGGAAAAAUGAGUAAAAUCUUAAAGGAGAAGAUUGAAGAUGACGCUGAUUUAGAUUUUAGCAUUAAUGAGGAUGAUGUAAGAGAGAAUUUAAAGACAUUUGUUAAAGGUAUUAGUGACUAAGAGAGAAAUAGAUUUCUAGGAAUUUAUGCCAAGUAUCAAGACAAAGGUGGUAGUAAUACUAUGGAUUAGAUUAAGAAUCAGAAGUAGAUUUAAUAAUGA